AUGUCGCAUUCUUGGGUAGGCCCUCCGGCCCAAUUCAAUGGUACAGAUGAUAUAACUGGCGGUGACUCUGUCACCGAGAACUUGAACCAAUGGUUUAAUCCUGGUGACCAGGCCUUCAUCAUUGUAGCCUCGGCCAUGGUGCUGGUCAUGAUUCCAGGCCUGGCCUUUCUCUACUCGGGUCUCGCCCGCAGAAAGUCGGCUCUCUCCUUGAUCUGGGCUUGCAUGUUCUCUGCCUCGGUCAUCACCUUUCAAUGGUACUUUUGGGGCUACUCACUCGCCUUCGGCCCAUCGACGAAUGGCUUCAUUGGCAAUCUCGACAAGUUUGGUCUCAAGGGCGUUCUCGCGCAUCCCAGUCCAGGAAGCCCUCUGAUUCCCGAGCUCCUAUAUGCCUUCUACCAGAUGCAAUUCUGUGCCGUCACGGCGGCCAUCAUCGUCGGUUGCGUUGCUGAGCGCGGUCGCUUGAUUCCCAUGAUGGUCUUCAUCUGGCUUUGGGCCACCAUCGUAUACUGCCCCGUCGCAUACUGGGCAUGGAACGCGAACGGGUGGUUCUUUGUGUGGGGCGGUCUGGAUUACGCCGGUGGGGGUCCCGUCGAGAUUGUCUCUGGAUGCACCGCCCUGGCCUACUCGAUGGUUCUCGGACGUCGUCAGGAAAAGAUGAUGCUCAACUUCCGUCCUCACAACGUUUCUUUGAUCACGCUUGGAACCGUCUUCCUGUGGUUCGGAUGGCUGGGCUUCAACGGUGGAUCCGCUUUUGGUGCUAACCUUCGCGCCGUCAUGGCCUGCUGGAACUCCAACCUCACAGCCAUGUUCGCUGCCAUGACCUGGGUUCUUCUCGAUUGGCGCCUGGCGCGCAAGUGGUCCAUGGUUGGCUGGUGUUCUGGUGUCAUCUCUGGACUCGUGGCUGCCACACCCGCUUCCGGCUUCCUCCCCCCGUGGGCUAGCGUCAUUCUUGGCAUCACCACGGGUGUAAUUGCCAAUUUUGCUACCAAGAUCAAGUUCUGGAUCAGGAUUGACGACUCCCUCGAUGUGUUCGCUGAGCACGGCGUCGCAGGAAUGUGGGGUCUCUUCUUCAAUGGCAUCUUCGGCGCCGACUACAUCAUUGGCCUAGACGGCGUCAACAACGGUCUACCAGCCGGUGCCAUUACUGGCGAAGCCGCAGCCAUCUACAAGCAAAUCGCCUACAUUGUCGCCGUGACCGCCUACUCCUUCACCGUCAGUGCUAUUCUCGCCUACGCCAUCGACAAGAUCCCUGGCCUCAAACUCCGCGCCUCGGAAGAGGCAGAACUCCUCGGUAUGGACGACGACCAGCUCGGCGAAUUCGCAUACGAUUAUGUAGAGGUGCGUCGCGAUUACCUUGCCUGGACCCCGGCAAAGGGCGAGCCCAUUGAUGGCGAACACUCUGUUCCUCAAGGUGACCGCCACGGUAUCCCGCAACAUAGCCAGAUGCUCGAGGGCAAGGCGCCAAGCGAAAAUGGCUCUGGAAACGAGCACACUGGUAUUGGUGGAGAUCGCCAUGCAGUCGCCAUGGGUGGUGAGCAUGAGAAGCAAUCACCUGUGUAA